AGAGACGGACGGAGCGGAGCUGAGCGCUGAACUUGAGACCGUGUCUCGGUCACGUCUCAAGUGCCUCUCACUUUUCUCAAUUGUACUAUCGAGCCGUUUAUUUUGAUUUACCGCCUUCGGAUUUCGCUGAAGAUAAAAAAGUAUCCCGAAUUUCUUUUCGAGUUGCAUGAGAGACUGCGCAAUAGAGGAACGCCUAACUGAAUUCAACAUGUCAAUUUUACCGUUCACUCCGCCGAUCGUGAAGAGGUUGCUGGGCUGGAAGAAAGGAGAGCAGAACGGACAGGAGGAGAAAUGGUGCGAAAAAGCCGUCAAGAGUCUGGUGAAGAAGCUGAAGAAGACGGGACAACUGGACGAGCUCGAGAAAGCCAUCACAACUCAGAAUGUCAACACCAAGUGUAUCACCAUACCACGAUCACUAGAUGGUCGGUUGCAAGUAUCUCACAGAAAAGGACUCCCUCAUGUGAUCUACUGUCGUCUUUGGCGCUGGCCUGACCUGCAGUCUCAUCAUGAGCUCAGAGCCAUUGAACUCUGUGAGUUUGCCUUUCACAUGAAAAAGGACGAGGUCUGCGUCAAUCCCUACCAUUACCAGCGAGUCGAGACGCCAGUUCUUCCUCCAGUGCUGGUGCCUCGUCACACUGAAAUCCCCAGUGAGUUUCCUCCUCUGGAUGACUACAGUCACUCCAUCCCAGAAAACACCAUUUUCCCUGCCGGCAUUGAACCCCAGAGCAACUACAUACCAGAGACGCCCCCUCCAGGCUACAUCAGUGAGGAUGGAGAGACCAGUGAUCAUCAGAUGAACCGCAGUAUGGACACAGGCUCUCCAAAUCUGUCACCGAACCCUGUUUCUCCUGCCCACAACAAUUUAGAUCUACAGCCGGUGACAUACUGUGAACCAGCGUUCUGGUGCUCUAUUUCCUACUAUGAGCUGAACCAGAGAGUCGGUGAAACUUUCCAUGCCUCUCAGCCCUCUUUAACAGUAGACGGCUUCACAGACCCAUCCAACUCUGAGCGCUUCUGCCUGGGCCUGCUGUCCAACGUGAAUCGCAACGCUGCUGUGGAACUCACACGCAGACACAUUGGCCGGGGUGUGCGUUUGUACUACAUUGGAGGUGAGGUGUUUGCAGAGUGUCUAAGUGACAGUGCCAUUUUUGUUCAGAGUCCCAACUGUAACCAACGUUACGGCUGGCACCCCGCCACUGUUUGCAAGAUCCCACCUGGCUGUAAUCUGAAGAUCUUUAAUAACCAGGAGUUUGCAGCUCUUUUAGCCCAGUCUGUGAAUCAGGGCUUUGAGGCCGUGUACCAGCUCACCCGCAUGUGCACCAUUCGCAUGAGCUUCGUGAAGGGCUGGGGAGCCGAGUACAGGCGGCAGACAGUGACUAGCACCCCCUGCUGGAUAGAACUGCACCUGAACGGUCCUCUUCAGUGGCUGGACAAAGUGCUCACUCAGAUGGGCUCCCCCUCCAUCCGCUGCUCCAGUGUGUCAUAGGAAAAAUGCUCCCUACACAUAUACAUCAUAUACAAACCACAAGAUCUGGAAAAAAUCAAGUUCUUUCAGGAGUGUAAGGCUGAAGACCUUCAUACCCACCAACCAAUUGGGUUCCACAGACUCACACACGUAGCACACGUGUUUGUCUCAUGUUGGAGGAGUGUAUUACAGUAUAUGUAUAUAUUCGUUUUUUUAUGUUGUUGUUAUGCCAUUAUUGAUAUAAAAUAUUGCCAUUUAUGUUAUAUGUUGCUAUAUAGCAUGUAUAUGUAAGAUCUCUCCUCUGUCCUGUCUUUUA